UCAACAUUCGCGGUCGACGCCAAGCCCUAAACGUGGACACGCCGCGAGAACCGGGUGGUGUAUCUCGACGUGCCGGAGGAAGGGACGUUACGCCACCCCAGAGUGCAGGUGCAUGUUCACCCGCAACACGCAGAUGGAUUCCUCCAAGCCAUACCAAACGAGAUGCUUUCACCGAACAAGAGCGCAACGAUGCCAUCUUUCGUAAAGUUCGUGGCAUUCUGAAUAAGCUCACACCAGAGAAGUUUGACAAGCUGAGUCAAGAGAUUCUCACAUGUGGAAUUGACUCUAUUGUCAUCCUGAAGGGUGUCAUUCUCCUGAUUUUUGAUAAAGCACUUGAUGAACCGAAGUACAGUUUUAUGUACGCGCAGCUAUGUCGACGGCUAUGUGAAGAAGCGCCCAAUUUCAGAUUAGAGCAAGGCUCUGGGAAUUGUGUAUCUUCUUUUCGUCAUCUGCUACUUAACAAGUGUCGAGAUGAGUUCGAAAAUCGUGCGCGUGCGCAAGCUAUGUACGACAAUGGGCGUACGCUCAAUGCAGAAGAGCAAGAGCAAGCUCAUAUUGCCAAACAGAAGAUGCUUGGUAACAUCAAGUUCAUCGGAGAGCUCGGCAAACUGGACAUGCUCCACGAGACAAUUCUACAUCAGUGCAUUAAGCAGCUUCUGGAGAAGAAAAGGACGACCGGUGUGAGCGACAUGUCAGAAGACCUCGAGUGUCUGUGUCAGAUCAUGAAAACUGUCGGCCGUCGCCUCGACACCGACAAGGCUAGGGGUUGGAUGGAGCAGUACUUUGAGCGAAUAAGACAAUUCAGUUACAACCCUGAGUUACCUGCUCGCAUACGGUUCAUGCUACAAGAUGUGAUGGAACUCAGAGACCAGCAGGUGCGA